UGCACAACGCUUAGUGCUAGCAGCGUGGUAGCCUGAGGAUGUUAAAGUAUUUCGUUUUAUUGUGCGCGCUCGUCGUGCCAGGCUUAAUGGCCGCCAACGUACUCUCCGCGGUACCCAUGUUGGAUGGCCGUAUUGUUGGUGGCUCCGAUGCCCACAUCGAACAAUAUCCCCAUCAAAUUUCGAUGCGUUAUCGCGGCAGACAUCGUUGCGGUGGCAGUGUCUACAGCAGUAACAUCAUUGUUUCGGCUGCCCAUUGUGUGGUUGGCGAAUUGGAUCUCAGCCUUUUGACCAUUGUUGCCGGUUCCACCUAUUUGGAUGAUGUUACAUGGGAAUUGCCGGUGAGCAAAAUUAUUGUCCACGAGAAGUACACAUCGUCCAAUGAUUAUGAUGUUGCCAUUUUGGUAUUACGUGGCAACUUCCCAUUCAACAAUCGCAUUCAACCCAUCAGCUUGGCCAAGGCCAGACCCGAAGCUGGGGCCGAAGUUAUUGUCACCGGUUGGGGUACCCUGGUUGAGGGUGGCGAUAUCCCUAAUCAAUUGCAACAAGUCACUGUCAACUAUGUUGAGCUAAGCAGCUGCAAGAAGUCCUACCCGCUGAUGUUGACCGAUCGCAUGUUGUGCGCCGGUGUUACCGGUGGUGGCAAGGAUGCCUGCCAAGGUGAUUCGGGUGGCCCAUUGAUCCGCAACAACGAAUUGUUGGGCAUUGUAUCGUGGGGUAUUGGCUGUGCCCGUCGUCUGUUCCCAGGUGUUUAUGCUUCCGUACCUGAUCUAUACGAAUGGAUUGAGAAUACGGCUCGUGUGAACACUGUUGAAUAUGCUUUUUUGUAAGGGGAUGAUAAUAAAGGAAAAUUGAAAUUAAAAUGAA